AUGAUACUGGGACGGCCUACACUGAAUGCCCUCCGAGCUGUUUGCUACACCUUGCACCUCAGUAUGAAGUUUCCUACUCCUGCUGGAGUGGCUGAGGUACUCGGGGAUCCGGAGGUGGUCAGGGCAUGUUACAUCGCCACCCUCAAGGGCAAGGAGAAGUUGGUAGCUCAAACAUUUUGUUUAGAGCCCUGGGAGCCCAUGGAGAAAGGAGAAAGAUUGGAGACGGAUGAGGGGCUGACCGAACUAUGCUCUUUAGAAUCUCUCUUGGAGGAAUAUGCUGAGAUUUUUGCUUGGAGUGCGGAUGACAUGCCAGGAAUCCCCACCGAGCUGGCAGUCCAUAGGUUACAUGUGGAUCCCAACGUCCGACCUGUGAAGCAGAAGAAGAGGAACUUUGCUCCAGAGAGAAAAGAGGUCGUCAAAAGCGAGGUGGGUAAGUUGCUGGAGGCUAAGAUCGUUAAGGAAGUCUACUACCCGACCUGGCUAGCCAAUCCGGUGCUGGUCAAGAAGGAGGAGAGAGCUUGGAGGAUGUGUGUGGAUUUCACUGACUUAAAUAAGGCUUGCCCGAAGGACUGUUACCCACUUCCACGGAUUGACCAGCUCGUGGACUCAACAGCUGGCUAUGGAUUUUCUGUUUCUUGGACGCCUUCAAGGGGUACCAUCAGAUAG